CCAUGAUUCGCGCUUACUCCGACCACAACGAUCCAUCGUCGGCGUUGGCACUCUACGUUGGAAUGUUAGCUAAAGGCUUGAGACCAAACAACUCACACCUUCUCUUUCUUGCUCAAAGCCUUUGAUGGCGAGACCACCAUUGCUCAUGGGGACGAGCUUCACGCGCAUGUACUCAAGUUACAAUAGAAGCAGACGAUUCAAAGACUCUUGCAAGCUUUUUGAAGAGAUGGAAGUGGAGAAUGUGAAGCCUAACUCUGUCACUAUUGUUUCGGUGUUAUCAGCCUGUGCCAAGUUGAAAGAUCUCAAGUUUGGGUCUCGGGUUCAUCUCGUUGUCAAAGAAGAUGAGCCGGUGCUUCGAACUCUCGCGGUGGAUAAUGCAUUGGUUGAUAUGUAUGCUGCCUGUGGGGAUAUGAGCACUGCCUGGAGUUUGUUUGAGAACAUGAAGUCUAGAGAUGUCAUAACUUGGACUAGCAUGGUGACUGGUUUCGCCAAUUCUGGGGGCAUUGAUCGAGCUAGAUUUCUCUUUGAUCGAAUGCCACAGAAGGAUUUCGUCUCAUGGACAGCAAUGAUUAAUGGUUACAUUCAGGCACGUAGUUUCAAGGAAGCUCUCGCAAUAUUCCAUGAGAUGCAAGACUCGAAGAUCCACCCGGAUGAGUACACCAUGGUCAGCUUGCUGACUGCAUGUGCUCAACUUGGAGCAUUAGAAGUCGGUGAAUGGAUUAGACUAUACAUGGCACGCAACAAGAUCAAGAUUGACAUUACUGUAGCCAAUGCUUUCAUAGAUAUGUACUCAAAGUGUGGGUGCAUCGAGAGAGCGAUCAAGAUCUUCAAGAUGAUGACUAAAAGAGACAAGUUCACAUGGACAGCUAUGAUCACAGGCCUGGCAGUGAAUGGAUCCGGAGAAGAAGCUUUAGAUAUCUUCUACCAGAUGCUGAAAACAUCUACAAGACCAGAUGAGAUAACCUACAUUGGUGUCCUCUCUGCUUGCACACAUGCAGGAAUGGCAGAGAAGGGAAGAGAGCUCUUCUCACGUAUGAUCAUUGAUCAUGGAAUCAUGCCCAAUGUUGAGCAUUAUGGAUGCCUAGUAGAUCUUCUAGGUCGAACAGGGCAUCUAACAGAGGCAUUCCAGACGAUAAAGAAUAUGCCGAUGAGACCGAAUGCAACAGUAUGGGGAGCUCUAUUAGGGGCCUGCCGAGUCUAUAAGAAUGUGGAAAUGGCUGAACUUGCUGCCAAACAGCUUCUCGAGUUGCAGCCUGAGAACAGUGCUGUCUAUGUCCUCUUGUCUAAUAUAUAUGCAAAGUGUAACAAAUGGGACGAGGUGCACAAGAUGAGGGAGUUGAUAAUGAAUAAAGGAAUCAAGAAAGUACCUGGUUGUAGCUUGAUUGAGAUAAAAGGAACAGUGCAUGAGUUUGUAGCUGGAGAUAAGUCUCACCCAAUGACUGAAAAGAUUUACACCAAGUUAGAAGACAUGAGCAAGGAGCUUAAAUGUGCUGGAUAUGUGCCAGAUACUUCAGAGGCCUUCCUGAACAUCAGUGAAGAGGCAAAGGAGAGUGCAGUUUUUCAGCAUAGCGAGAAAUUAGCUAUUGCCUUUGGACUGCUAAAUUCAGAGAAUGGGGUUACCAUCAGAAUUGUGAAGAACUUGAGAAUUUGUGUAGAUUGUCACAAUGCAAUAAAGAUUAUUUCAAAAGUGUAUGCAAGAGAAGUGGUUGUAAGGGAUCGUACCCGUUUUCACCAUUUUAGACAUGGGUUUUUGCUCUUGCAAGGACUAUUGGUAAAAUAA